AUGUCACAAAAGGAUAACCUACUCGACAAUCCGGUUGAAUUUUUAAAAGAGGUCAGAGAAAGUUUUGAUAUUCAGCAAGAUGUUGAUGCCAUGAAAAGAAUCCGACACGAUCUUGAUGUUAUAAAAGAGGAAAGCGAAGCAAGAAUUAGUAAAGAGCAUUCAAAGGUUUCUGAGUCGAACAAGAAAUUGAAUGCGGAAAGAAUAAAUGUUGCUAAAUUGGAGGGAGACUUAGAAUAUACUAACGAAGAGAGCAAUGAGUUUGGUAGUAAAGACGAACUAGUUAAACUUCUGAAAGAUUUGGACGGAUUGGAACGUAAUAUUGUGUCACUUCGAAGUGAAUUGGACGAAAAGAUGAAAUUGUACCUCAAAGAUAGUGAAAUAAUAUCCACACCGAACGGUUCCAAAAUAAAAGCAAAAGUAAUUGAACCUGAGCUGGAAGAACAAAGUGCGGUCACCCCGGAAGCAAACGAAAAUAUUCUAAAAUUGAAGCUAUACAGAUCUUUAGGAGUUAUUUUGGAUUUAGAAAAUGAUCAAGUCCUUAUUAACAGAAAAAAUGAUGGGAAUAUUGAUAUUUUACCCUUGGACAAUAACCUCAGCGAUUUCUAUAAGACCAAAUACAUCUGGGAAAGAUUAGGAAAGUGA